UCCUAAACAGGAUAAUAUUGGACAAGGUCCGGAAUAUUAACAACAGGAAUUACACUUUAACAUUUCGAGGUAAAAAUAAAGAGAGAUGUCUAACGGAAAAUCAAUCAGCUAUUGUGACUAUUUAGAGUUGCACAGUUUGCUGAAUGCCCAGUCGAUGACGUCAUCCAUCCAUGAUGAACAUCUGUUUAUCAUCACUCAUCAAGCUUAUGAAUUGUGGUUUAAACAAAUUUUGUUUGAAAUUGAUUCGGUACGAGAAGUUUUCAAAGCACCGCGCUUGGAUGAAAGUAAAACAUUAUUAAUUGUCAAUCGUCUCAAUCGAGUGGUGCUCAUCUUAAAGCUUUUGGUGGACCAAAUCAACAUCCUUGAAACCAUGACACCGUUAGAUUUUCUAGAAUUUAGAACAAGUCUGGCCACAGCAUCAGGAUUUCAAAGUUUGCAGUUUCGUCUCUUUGAAAACAAAAUGGGUGUUAAAGAGGAUCAGAGAGUGAAAUAUAACCAACAACAUUAUAUACGUGUUUUUAAUGAUCCAGAAUCAAUUGCAAAACUUAAAGAUUCGCUCGAUUCUCCUUCAUUAUUGGCCUUGGUUGAGAGAUGGUUAGAAAGAACACCGGGAUUAACAGAAGAAGAUGGCUUUAAUUUCUGGGAUAUAUUUCAACAAGUUGUGAAAAGAUGGCAAGAUGAUUCUUAUCUUUAUCCUGCUCAGACUGAAGAAGAUGAAGACGUGAAAGCCGGUUAUUUAAUGGACUAUAAUAAAGCCAGGGAAACGUUUGAUUCUUUGUUUGACAUUGACAAGUAUAAUGCUCAAAGAGAAAGAGGUGAAAGAAGACUAAGUCACAAAGCCUUUCAGGGAGCUCUUCUUAUUUCCUUGUACCGUGAUGAACCACGCUUUAACCAACCUUUCCAAGUUUUAACCUUAUUGAUGGACAUCGACUCAUUAAUUACAAAAUGGAGAUAUAACCACGUGUUAAUGGUGCAGAGAAUGAUUGGUAGCAAGAUUGGAACUGGUGGGUCGUCUGGAUAUCAGUAUCUACGAUCAACAAUAAGUGAUCGUUAUAAGAUAUUUUUGGAUUUAUUUAAUUUAUCGACAUAUAUUAUUCCUCGAGCCUACAUACCGCCUAUGAAUAACAGAAUGAAAAGAAGGCUGAGUGUGCUCUCGGUAGAAGAGAUGAUCAAGUUCGGAAAACAAAAUGGCUCCAAAACAGACCUCUCAAAACAAAAUGACUCCCAAACUGAUGUCGCUAGACUGACCAAUGAAAUGAAAAACAAGUUAGCUAUGAAGGAAGUCGAUGAUGAAAAUGCGAGUGAUGAAAAAGUGAAAUUUGAAAUAUGAAAACGUGCAAAAAAGCAUCUGAAAAUGGGAUAAGGACUAAUAAAUUAUUGUAAAUAGUUGUAUAUAAACAAUUUAUAUGAAUAAUUUUAACGCAAUCUGAUUAAAACACAGAUCCUAUUUCGUUUAAUUUUUAUAGUUCACAAUUUCGUUUUAAUUGUCUUUACUACACUAGGAUCUGGAAGAGUUGUUAUAUAACCCGCGUUCUGAGGGAUGGGCCAAUAAAACGGUCUGUUGCUGUGUGUUCUUGGUGUGCGAUGCACGUAACUGUCGGUAUCCUACUAGAAAUAUUAACGCUGAUUGGUUAAUCAAAUGUCUGACGUCAUAGGUCAAAAGCCGCUCGUAUGACCCCUGAUGCGACCUCUCAUGUAGUAGAGGCCAUCGAAAGUGUUAAAAAACGAAACGAAAUACAGAUCUGUAUUUUUAUCAAAUUAGAUGUUAACGGGAAGUGCAAACUUAUUGGGCUUAUUUUCUAAUCCUAUUUCAAUAUUCACAUAGUAUA